AUGGCGGUGGCUGGCCAUUCGAUUCAUACAUGUUUUCAUAUCAAAGCUAAGAACCCAAGAGUUAAUUUAGAGAAACAAGUUUUUGGGGUACCAGUUUUGCAUCAUGGGGUGUCUUGUAUUGGAAAGAAACUCAAGGGUAAGGUUGGGGCUGGAGUGCAGGCAGUGCAAGUGGGUUUGGAGGAAUCAGAGAGAGUGAGAAAUCUGAAAAGUUUGGAGAGGACUUUGGAGCUCGAUGCGGUGUCAGAGAGGGAGUUGAGGGAGAAGGGGUUUUUGGGGUUGAGGAAGACCAAGCUUGUGUGCACAAUUGGGCCAGCUUGUUCUUCUUUGGAGGAUUUGGAGAAACUGGUUUUGGGAGGGAUGAAUGUGGCUAGGCUCAAUAUGUGCCAUAACACGCGGGAGUGGCACCGCGAUGUGAUUAGGAAAAUCAAGAAGUUGAAUGAGGAAAAGGGGUUUUCUGUCUCGGUCAUGAUUGAUACUGAAGGCAGUCAGAUUCAUGUUGUUGAUCAUGGAGCUCCAUCUUCUCUUAAAGUUCAGGAGGAUUCAAUCUGGCUAUUUACCAAUGAAAAAUUUGAUGGUUCUGUUCCAUUCACAGUUCAAGCCAACUAUGAAGGUUUCUCAGAAGGUAUCAAAGUGGGUGAUGAACUUGUUAUUGAUGGCGGAAUGGCACGAUUUGAAGUCAUUGAAAAAUUAGGAAGUGACCUGCGUUGUAAGUGCACAGACUCCGGUUUAUUCCUGCCUCGAGCAAAAUUCAGCUUUUGGAGAGAUGGGAAGCUUGUGGAGAGGAACUAUGAGCUCCCUACUCUGUCAACCAAGGAUUGGUCUGACAUUGAAUUUGGAAUUUCUGAAGGCGUCAAUUUUAUUGCCAUGUCCUUCGUAAAUGAUGCUGAAUCUGUCAGGCAGUUGAAGAAUUACCUCUCUACCAAAUCAGCUGCAUCCGUAAGAGUUUUGGCUAAGAUUGAGAGCUUGGAAUCCCUUCAGAAGUUGGAAGAAAUCAUAGAGGCUUCUGAUGGAAUCAUGGUUGCUCGGGUUGACCUUGGAGUUGAAAUCCCACUUGAACAGAUUCCAACAGUCCAAGAAGAAAUCACCAAAGUUUGCAGGCAGCUAAACAAGCCAGUUAUUGUAGCUUCUCAAUUUCUUGAGUCAAUGAUUGAGUAUCCAACUCCAACACGUGCUGAGGUGGCAGAUAUUUCUGAAGCUGUUCGACAGUAUGCAGACGCCUUGAUGUUGGCUGGGGAAUCAGCAAUUGGAUUAUUUGGACAUAAGGCUCUUUCUGUUCUUCAAAUGACCAGCAGUAGAUUGGAAUCAUGGAGUCGUGAGGAAAACCGACAAGGGUCUCUCCUUCCACGUCAACUAGGAAUCUCAUUGCCUGAUCGCAUUGCUGAGCAGAUAUGCAAUUCUGCUGUUGAACUGGCUAACAACCUUGCUGUGGAUGCAAUCUUUGUGUACACCAAACAUGGACACAUGGCAUCGCUCUUGUCACGCAACAGACCAAACCCUCCCAUAUUCGCUUUCACAAAUGAUGAAAGCACCCGUAUGUCUCUGAAUUUGCAGUGGGGAGUUAUUCCACUUCUUGUUGAUCUAUCAGAUGAUAUGGAGUCUAACAUCUCAAGCACCAUCCAUCUCAUAAAAUCAAAGGGGUUGGUGAAAGAAGGAGAUUCAGUCUUGGUAGUCUCAGAUGUCACUCCUUCUCGUGCUACUCCAAUGGCAUUCCAAUCAAUCCAGUGUGGUGAGGUCUUUACAAAGGUUAUUGAUAGGCUGUCUCUGUCCGGACGGUACUUUUGUCUAUUAUCGGAGCCAGCAACUAGCCUUUGCUUAAAGGAUAGUGGAGGAGCAGUUGAGCAGACAAAGAAGCUGUGUUUUGUUGUCAUCAACAUGAGCCAGUUUCGUCAGAUUAGAAAUAGAAAAGCUCCAUUUCUUGACUGCCAUUCCUCCCCCCUUGCUGUUAGGUGUGGUGAUUUCUUCACAAAGAUUACUGAUAGGCUGUCUGGUAAGAAGAAGCUUGAGAAGGAACUCAAGUCCUCAGAGAAUGGUGCCGGCCAAUUCUUAUUUUGGGUUCUAGAUGUCUUGACUGGUUUCACACCCUGA